GGCAACUCUCCUCUGAAACGCGGCGCUAUACAAUCUUUGGUCAGUAGCUAGCUAGCUAUAGCUAGCUAGCUGCAUACAGCAACAAGCACUAGCGCUGGUGGAAUGGCAGGCGAAAGUGAAAAUUCUAAACUACUUAUGCUGAGCAUCUUCUUGGUGCAAAAGCUGAGGGAGAACGUGAACAAAACUUUUUCUUGCUUACACGAAGGGGUCAUGUGUGGUAAAGAUGACGACGUUUCUUUUGAUGGGAAAGUCAAGCAUUUUAUCACUCAUCUUCAGCAUAACUUGUGCAGCGUGAACGACAAUAUCAGUGAACUGGAAAAACUUAGCAACAGCAUUGUGAAAGUUCAUGUGAGCCAAGGCAGCAGUUUGGGAGUGACAGGGUUACUUAGCUUGGAUCCAGUAUUGGACAAGACACCGCUGUAUCAACAGGUGCUGCAGUCCUACAAAUGGUCUUCCAAGUUAAAGGAGCAUGCUAGCCAUGCGUAUGCCCUGCUGAAUCAUCACUGCACAAUGAGACGAUCAUCCAGCAUUGGCAGCAAAAAGCGUAAGAUACAGCAAAACCUGACAAUGGAACAAAUGGUUUCUACAUUGAAUCGUCAGUAUAUGGACAUUAUGAUGAUCAACAAAGUUCCAAAUAUGCCGAAUGUGUAUCAGGUUACACUUGGACGAACAUUUUAUGCUAUCGUAGGAUUAAGAAGACUUUUGAUUGAGAGAGUAGUUGUCCGAGGGCAGCAUGAGAACAUCUAUUUGGAUGACAGAAUGGUUGAUAUAUGGACCCUAUCCAGAUAUAAAGUGUUUCAAAAGAUAACAGAUCAUGCUACUUCAGCGAUGCUGCAUUACCAUCUACCACUGAAAGCAGAAAUGUGCUUUUAUUCAUUCAUGAAGUGGCUGCACAGUUACCAAAAGCUGUUCUCUACCCCAUGUCGGCACUGUGGGCAAUUCCUCCAAGACAAUCUCCCUCCUACUUGGCAUGAUUUCAGAUCCUUGCUCCCCUUCCAUGAAGGCUGUAGACAGUGAUGAUGCUAUACUGCUUCUUCUCAAGGACGUGCUUCACCAGUCCUAAUGAUUGCUACAUGUACAUGCACAGUAUACAGUUGUUUCAGGCAUACAACUUACAUGCACAUGUAGAUGGUUGGGGCUCUGCAUACAUAUGCAUUGUGUGUGAAUGCCUCCGCCAUGUUAGCUGUGGUAUAGGCAUACUGCAUGAGUACAGUGUAUCCUCUGACUGGUGACAGAGAGCCCAGACUGUUUAAAUGCCAUUACUGUCCAGUCAACAACAUUCACAUUAACACCAUAUGGCAAAGUCUACAGAUAUAAGUCAUUAGAUAAUAAUGAAUUUCAUGGUUUCUCAUCGCCUGAAGUUAACACUGAAUUAAUUUACAAUAUCUGAUGAAAUGAGGGGAGUCGUGGCUGGUAUCCCGAACUCUAAUGGCCAUGCCCAUUUUUCAUCUUGAUCAGAAUGUUAGCAUUUUUGAAGGACAUGAACAUCCUGUAUAUUUCUAGACACCUUAUAAUUGAUGGCAAGUAAUAGUUUCUGUUGUAACUUUUGAACAAGCAUGUAAUUGGUGCUAGAUGAUAAUAUUUACACCAUAAUCACAAAACUGAAAUUCACAGAUCAUCGGAUCCCGCAGUCAGCAGUUGCCAACAUUAUUUGAUUCCUUCGAAAAUGUCAACAAAAACCAAUGAGUAAAAUGCGCCCCAUAUCAUCAUUAUGUAAGACUUGAACUAUCACAGUUUGAUCAAGUACAUUUCCAUGAAACCUGGUCCAAAAUACCAAUGACGAUGACUUUGAACAUCCAUAAAUUUUUUUUAGGCUGACAUUUCAGAACAUUUUGUUACUUCGGCCUUGUGGACUGUUUGACCUUUGACAUCUGGCCAUAUAGAGCGCCCUCUUUCUUUCGAUAUUCAUGAGCUUUAGGAGUUUUCUCUUCGCACCAAGAUUUGUCGAGAAAAUCUCUCAAACCAACUGACAUUCUAAAAACAAUUACAUUCAAGACAUUAACUAUGAUUCUUGAUUGAAGUCAAGUGACCUGAGUUUUGAAUGGCAAAAUAAACACAUGCAUGAGAAUUUCAAGCGCUACACGGCAGUGUUUUCAAUUAUGUCAAACGUCAUGCAUUUUUCCGUCAAAUUUCAAACAUAAUUGAAAUUCAAUCAAAUAUGACAUUCAAAAUGAACAUGUACUUGUAUGCUUUUGAUGCAACCAAAACUUACAUAUUUCAGUGGCUGUAAGGUAUGACAAAUAUGCUGAUAUGGUUAGAGUGAUUUGAAACAAGUAGGGAAUGAAGAGGAAAAUCUUGUCAAUAAUUUUCCACCAAUUUUGCACAAUUUUCUUUAUCCGUUUGUCUUUAAAAGUCUUUUGAGGGCCUGUAAAUUACAUCUGUUGAAAAAUAUACUCAAUUGUUUUUGUUUAUGAAAGAGGUUUGGUUUGAAGUGAGCUUGUAAGUCAAGUAAUGCAGUGUAAAUCCAGGAAAUCAUUGCCAUUUUUAGUUUAAAUUUAAACCGAUAAAGAGAUUGAAUUUAUUUGAGAGCUAUGAUCUAAGAAUAACUUUGAAAGGACAUAAUUGUCGCUUGAUUAUGUGACGUAUACACGUCCUAGCAACAUUGCUAGGUUGUGCUUUGGCCAUUGACCUCGGUGAUACAAACAUUUUGACUUAAAACGUUAAGGCCAUGUUUGUUUCAAAUGGAUCUGGAUCACUAUCAAUGCUCUGUCGAUGGUAUAUGGGCUCCAAAACCUGCAUAGUGAAUGGGAUUAAUACUGAUUGAAACAAACAGGCCCUCUGUGAGGCAAACCAAAUGUCUGCCAAAUUAUCCCCAAAUGAUAAUUUUUCUAACCUUGAUGGUGUAAAUUUUGGGUUAUGACAUAAGUCAUUGUUUAAGAAGUUUUGAAAAAUGACCCACAGAGUUGUGUUUUGGUUUAUAUUUUGAAGAAUAUGCCAUGUGCUAUGGAAUGCUGCUAUAACAAACACAAGAGAAUCCAUACAAAAUUUGUGGUGCAGUGCUCAAGUUUUCCUGAAUCACAAGCUACAUACAAAACAGUAACACUGAUUCCUGCUGGUAAAAUGGCAGAAUCUAAUAAGACUGGGCCACACCAGGAAUCAGUUUUAUAGAGUAGUACUAGAGUCCAAAGUUGGUAAAAAAAAGUUAAGCACGCAUUAUUAUCCAAGAUGUUUGUGAGUUAUGUAAUGAAUGCUGGGAUCUAUCUGCAUAUUUAGUUUCUGUUUUUGUAAAGUUUUUAAGUAAAAUCUCCUGGCUUUGUAGCAAUUAUCAUGCAAUGUUUUCCUCAAUAAACUCUCCAGUGUUGCAUACAUGUGCUUGGUAGUUGGUAUACAUAAGUGUCUGUUUACACACAAAUGUACAACACACAAGCUACCCAUGAAUAGUACAGACCGUGCAUUGUGAUGGCCUGGUGUCCAUUGUUAAUACGAGUUUCGUCAACUUUCAAGUUAUCAUUAUCAGUCAUAAAUAAGUUUCUUAAAGCAAAAUUGUGAAGUUCCAUAAAAAAGCAGAGAAAAUGCGGGAGCCUAGGGAGAUUUUCAGUACACCCAAAUGUUGGGUAUAGUAUAGUGAUGUUCCACUCAAUUCAUGUGAGCACUCUCAGAUGAAGAGAAAAUGUGGUUAUAUUGUAUUUGCUGUCAUGGAGACGGUGCUAUACACCACAUGCCUUUGAAAGUGUGUGAAUGCACUGUGUUGGUUCAGGGGAUGACAUUUACAAGUCACAAACACCUCUCUUUUUUGCUCACAAUCCACAGAGAAUUGUACAAGAAAUAUCUUUCUAACUUACAGAAGUUUAUUUCACUCCUUAAAGCACACCGAUUACUUGAGCAAGUCAACAUUUUUCCAGAUAUACAAUGUACACUGUAGUACCUCGUCCUCUGUACAGACAUAGCAAGAUAUUGCAAGCAUGUUUUUGUCUCCCUGUCAUAUCUGACAUGAUUUUAUAUUUAGAACACAUUCUUUAAUUUAUAAGAGUGAGUAAUGCAAAUUACCUACCAAAUAGUGUGAAGUCAGGGAGAACAAGGAUAUUAAAUAAUGGUGUUUUGUAAAGAUUAGGAACUGAACUACCUGUAGGUCGCUGAUGUAAAUGCACAUGAAAUGGAACAGCAUAAGUAUACAACCAUAAGGGAAACAUGGCUAAUGUGACUUGUCCCCUUUUGUUUUGCGUCAUAUCCAAUGUUCAUAAAAUUUGUGUCAAAAAUACUGUAGGUCAUCACGGUCACAUGUAGGUCAAGAAAAUGUAAAGCUAUUCUUCCUAAAGAGUUAAGAGGUCUACUCUUUAGGAAGAAUAGCUUUACAUUAAAUAAAAGCUGCUUAUCAGGUUUGAUUAUAAUCAAAGUUUGUUUUUGUCUUGUUAGAAAGUAUUUUUAAUUAUUACCUAGAAAACUUAACAUGAAGUCUUUAUAAUCCAAAUAUCAGUUGAUUUCAUAGAAACGGCCAUUUUGUCAAUGGUGUCCACUGAAAGGCUUCUCUCCCAUGUAAUAGGUCUAAGACUUGUGAAACAAAAGUUAAGAACCGUGCGCUGUGUCCUCAGCCAGCUAUUAUGGAAGUACAUGUAGUAGCCACAAACUUGAUUAAUAUGUUACAUCAUGAACCCUUCUUUAAAUAAAACAUGCAAAAAAUUCCUCCUUUAUGAGUUUUGGAUUAUGAAUAGUAUACAACCAUGAAUUUCCUUUGAGAAGUGUAGUAAAUUAGGCUUCCCAAGGUGAUCCUUGUAGCGUUGUAUUUAGAUGAGAGGGGAAAAAAGGUUUUCCUGCACAUGUUCAAAUUCAUAAAUGAAUGACUUCAAUUUGUCUCUUUAAGCCUUAUUCAUCAGCUAUCACAUUCCCUGUUAAUUUCAUCUUUGCUCGCUCAUUCUUGCACGUUCUUCAGUUCCAUUCAUUUAACUAUACUUUUUUUGAAAGACAGUUUGAUUUCCUCUCGAAAGCCAAAUGUACCCCCAAAAAUCUUCAGUUUGCGAUCAAUGUUGAAUAAAUGUUAUUUGAAUUCA